GGAUGAACGAUGCAGACGCUGGGGGCUGCCUUACCCACCCUCUGGCCCGUCAACCCUUGGGUCAGCUACAGUAUUAGCGGCGACCCUGAUCCACCGAUGGCGCCCCAGCCAACGGGCGGGGAACUGUGUUGUCGCAUCACGCUUCCAUGGCGACGUUGGUUGUUGAAACCGUUGCACUGUGGCGCUAGGCUUUGACGUCGAUCGCCGGCAAACGGGCCCAAAGCAGGCUAGCGGCUGAACGCCAGCCGCCAGCCCUCGCCGUGUCUUUGCUCCGCACCUCGUAUGACACGACAGUUGCCCGCCCGCGCGCGGCGACAGCACGCAAAGCCGAGAGUUGUGAUCAGGUCAGCGCGGGGACGGGCGCAUGGAGUGCGUUUUCUGGAAACGCAGCCGCGAGCGGGCUGGAGCGAGUCCGAGAGCGAAUCGGACUCGCUCCACAAACGGCUACGUCUGCACCGAAUUUUGCGUUGCUCUGAGCCGGGGAGCUGGAGUACUCAAGAGAUGCGGGACUGGAGGUUGGGGUCGCAGAGGACGCAGCGUGGUGUGGUGGCCGGAUGGUGAGAGCUCACGAGGCCUGCUGCGUCCUCCGAUCCUGUCUAGCGGAACCGCAGACUGCACAGAGCGGCAGGUCUGGGACGCCAGCCAGAUAAUACAGGAAGGUGCGAAUGGACGCUCCUUCCACGGGAUUGACAGACUGCCACUUCUUCCUCCGCCGGAAUGCCUCUGUCCUUGCUUCGCACUUUCGCCUUCAGUGAAGAGAAGGGAGACCGUUGAUCCUUGCCCAGCUCUGCAAAAUGAGAUUCAUCCACUUAUCAAACCACAGCAUGCACGACAGAGAAUUCGGAGCCCCACGUAUACCACAGCGUUCGAUGUUGAUGAUCUGGAAGCCUGGUACGAGCGAGUCUAUCUCACCGCGGCAUGGCAUGGGAGAAGCAGGUUGCGGGAACGAGAUCUCUGGUCGGUCUCGAAUUCCUCAGUGAGAGCCGGCCAACAAGCCUACGUCUGCCGCACGACGAAGGACAAAGAUACCAGAUCCAGACCGCCCCUAUCGACUCACAUUCAGACUAUUGGAAUCGGGCAGGUGGUCGAAGCAAGAAGGAGAGGUGAGUGGACCUGCAGUGGAGGCUCAAUAUCGUCAAGCCAAUCCGGAAGUCGCGACCCCUUCUGCGACCACCCGUUGCCAUAUCGCCUCUUGAUCGACCCCAGCAAUUCUCUUCAUCCAUAA